UGUGUGUGUCAUUGGCACGCACACACACACACACACACUGACUGCAUGGAGGGUGUGGGGUGGUGUGUACUCUGUGUGUGUUGACUGACUGGGUGAUACGAUAGCUGGCUGAUUGACAUGACAGCAGAGAGACAAACAGACAGAGGUCACAUAACUGAAAGCAGGCAGCGUCGGGUGGCAAACGCCGAGUAAGUUCUCACAAAAAGAUAGUCGCAUCGCAUCCACCACACCACACCACACCACACCACGCACAGCUGGUGGGUCGCCAUGACGUGAGCAGAGGAGGCUAUGGGGAGUCAGAUAGCUCUGAUGAUGGCACGGUGCAGUUGUGGAGCCUGCAGGGGCGCUAUCGAUAGAUCGGUGUGUGGUUGACUAAGAGAGACAUGUGCAGCAAGCAAAGCACUGUCAGAGACCAAUCAUGUCGUACGUAGGCCAUGCUUCGUGACAUGAAUGAACCACUACUCGCUGAGGUGGGUGGAUGUUGUGUCCAAACAUCCACGGACGUGUGGUCCAUCGCAGUCAGUCAAACGAACCGGUUCAUAUAAAACGUAGAAGCAGGCAGCAUCGGGUCGGGUGGCAAACGAACGCCAAGUACUCACUCACCAAUAAAUAGUCGCAUCCACCACACCACACCACGCACACUCUCACGCACCGCACCGCAUGCAGACACACACACUCACUCACAGAGAGCAAUUAAGUACAUCUACAGUCAUGUUGAGCGAAUUGUCACGGUGUUGGACGGUUUGCCUUUGGUGCCGUCGGCCAUCAGGGGCACCACUUGCCACACACAGCACUCUGCAGCACUGCCCUCGCUCUCCUCCACGCUGUUCCUGACGGCCUCGACCAAAUCGACCAACUCACUCGUCGACACACCGUCCUCAAAAUGCUUUUUCUCCACUUGCCGCGUCACCGUCAUGGGGGCGCCCUCACGCUCGCCCACCAGCACCUCCCACCCCACCACACCCGUGGCACCGUUCCUAUCGACAGACAUCAAAGACACACACACAGAGAUAGACGCGUUCAUUGGAGUCAGUCAGUGCACUCACUCAUUGAAUGUAUCUAUCGUGUCUGUCGUACCGCACUCACUGCCCACGCUCACUCACCAGCUGAAGUGCAGCGACGGGCUGGUUGCCACAGCGGUGCUGCCAUGGCCACUACCAUUGUCUUGGUUGGCCACCAUUAGUGUGGGCGGCUCGGCCGGCUCCCCUUGCCACCGAUGCCGCGUGGCUCGAUAGGACGAGCCGUGCACAAACUGCAUCUCCAGCACCUUGCUGCUGGUCUGGGGGUCGAUCUCGGUGUAGAAGGGCAUCAGCGGCUUCCCGAUACCGCCCCAGUCUAUCGCGUAGUUGCCGUUGUCCAGCAGCUGGGAGCUGCCCGUCGCCCACGUGUAUAAGUCCGGCGAGUGCCGGUACUCCCACACCUGUGUGGCUGUCAUGGCGGCCUCGUCAACGCGGUAGCUGACGGCUCGUGAGUACUCGGGAACGUCACGCGGACCGUUGUCAUACAUCGUCAGCAGCAGAGUGCCAUUGUCUUGGGUCAAGAGCCGGACAUCGUGUUGGAAUGAAAAGGGCCGCGAUUGGUUGAUGAAAAUGAAGUCGUUGAACCCCUCCUUGCCUCCCAGGCGCCACAGGAUGGUCCCUGUGUCUCGCGACACCUUGACGACGCCCAGCAUCCGCAGCGACAUGAUGAUGUGCCCGUCGCUGGACCAAUCCACUGAGUUGACGUGCGCCUGACCGAACCGACCACACAUUCACAGAGGGACGAAGGGAGGAUACAGUACACACACGAUCGAAGCCCAAAAUACCCCUAUCCUCAUCCAGUUCUCACUCACAAGGUCCCAGAAGGGGAAUUGCUGUGCGGCAAUGGUGUAUGUGUUCCGCGUGUGGAAGAGUGCAUCGGGCAGCUUGAUCCCGUCCCACGACCGCCACUCGUAGACCACGUUCCCCUCUGCGUCGAGCUCCUGCACGAUGGCCCCGGCGAGCGUCUUGGUGGUCGAUUCGCCCCAUAUGCUGGGAAGCUCCUCCAGCGGCAGGCCGUGUUCUUUCAUGGCGGCCUCGUGUGGCUGCAGGUCCACUGGCUGGAUGUCGUAGGCCAUCAGCAGCACAUGCCCGUCCUCGCGCAAGUGGAUGCCGUGCAGCUCUGCUUCGUACCUGCACACCACACAGCCAAGGCAAGCAGACAGAGCAGACAGGGCCCGGCCCGUGUGUGUAUGCGAUGCGUGUCUGAGGGCAGGGCAGCCAGGCCAGCAGCCACUCCCACUCACUCACCCACCCCUCCCCACCCAUGGCCAGGUCGGUGUGUCUUGACCUCCGUGUACGAUUUGUCAAGCUCCACAUACAGCAGCCGCCGCUCGUCGAAGUAAGUGAGGUGCCCCGUCCGCUGCUGCACAGUGAAGUCCGCAUGGCCGAUUCGCUGCGGGUGGUCCUGCCGCUCCAGCCGCCGAUGGAACACCGGCUCGCCUGAGUCGUCCAGUAUCAGUAGGUAGGGGGCGAAGCCAGGGGCAGUGGCAUUGUCGCCCUCCACCAGAGUUCGCAGGAUGAUGUUGGCUGCGAAGAUGUAGCCCUCUGCUGUCGCCCCCCUCUUGGCUGGCACCGUGACGUUGACCAGAGGGAAGUCAGAGGGAAGCGUGAUAAACGAGCUGGGAGGGGAGAUGAAGCUCUGCGUGGCCGCGGCCUUCUCUGCCGAUGAUGCCUGCUGCUGGUGCUGCUGAUAUGUUGGCUGUGGCUGCUCCGUCAGUCUGCGCAGCUUGUCACCAGACUCCUUCGGCGACACGGUGAACCUCCAAGUGUAUCCCUCCAGCACGGUGACAGCUUCGUUCGCCUCUUUGACGCGCAGCCCAGGCUUGACGUGGACCGUGACGGUCUCGCCCGCUGCGAAAGGCGACGAGGGCUCGAAGAUGACCAUGCUGCCCCCCUCAACCAGCUUCACAGAGCCAUCACACCCACCACUCUCAGAACCUGCAAACAGGCGAAAAGAAUAGGCACAGCGCUGGAGUGCUGCACACAAAGAUCGGUGUAGAUAGUCGCUGGCUGACCGUGUACUGUCAUGCCGGGCCCAUCCGAAGCGCCCCUCUCCACGUUGGCGAGCGACAAGGUGGCCGAGUCACCGAUGCCGCCCACACGAAGGGACACGGUGGUGUAUGGCGAGACGAGUGAGGCUUCGGGCCGUGGAUUGAUGUAGCGAAAGGGGCUCGGUGAGGGUGAGGCCCGGGAUUUCCUCGCGUCUUCGUUUUCCUCCCGAAUGAGAGACCUCUUGGCGUUUGCUGGUGCUGCUGGUGUUGGUGCUGCUGGUGUGGCUGCGGUCGUUUCUAAGGGGUACAGAGUCAUGGCGACAGCCAGGAGCAUGGCCAGAUGGGGGACAAUUGUCAUCGCUGCUCAUCUCACUCCUAG